UGGAUCCCUCUCAUUAGAGUCUAAAUCAAGAAGACACAGGUUCCAAAAAGGGGAAGCCCAAAUACAUGAGUGUCUUUGUUAUGGCUUCUAUCUUGUUAUGACUUGUAGAUGUCCCAUAAAGCCUCAGGCGCUCACAGGUGGCACUUUUCGGACGUGGCUGGAUCUGGAGUGUGUAACACUAGCAAUAACGGUGCAUGGUAACCAGAUGGGUUGCCCUAUUUCUGGGUAUGGAUAAGGAAAGCCCAUAUCUCGGUGUAGGUGGCACCAAUCAACAGGCUUGCAGCGUGGUUGGAAUUUAAAGGGAGAGAGCGAAGGCUUGUGUUGCUGUGGCUGCUUGUUGGCUUCUGCCCGCCACACCAUGGACUAUUUCUUCUCUGGGAUGCCCUCUCCAUGUGCUACUCUGCCUUGGCGUCAGCUGCCCAUGGACUUAAACCUCUGCAACUGUGAGCUGAAAUAUUUCCAAGGAAAUAACCCAAGUGAGCUGGCGGGUACACCGUGGCCAAGCCCCCUCUGCCCUCCACCUCCCUGCCACUCAGAAAAGCGCUGCACCUGCCAAGAGCGCCCCGCGGUCUCCUUGGGGGACGCCAGGGGUCGCCCCUCUCCCAGGAUUGUGCUGCAAGCCAAGCCGCGAACGCAGGCUCCAGUGCGAAGGCGCGAGGGGCCUCGCCCUGGGCCGCUCUGGGACAGCCUCGACCCGCUGGACCCUCGCCCUCCAAGACCCACUCCGCCCGCCCACCCUCACCCCUGCCGUCCUCCGCGCCGCAGCCAGAGGGCGCCUCGUACUUGGCCUUGAGACGGGGAGCGCCCUCCGGCCGGCUGCGCCCAGCCCCCUUGCCCCGCGCCCUGCUCCCAGCUGCACCCGCUCCUCGAAGCGCAAGAUGGGACACAGGGGCGGCCUCCUUGCUUUCUGACGGGGGCCCCAGACCCAAAACCCGGACACGAGCCACUCGGUACCCCGCCGUAUCGGGCAGGCGUGAGCUGGGAAGGGGUCCCCCGUGGGAGUGGGCUCGCAUCCCCGACGGGCCAUGGCUGAACGGUCGAUCGCAAGAGGCUACGCUUGCCCUAGCCUCGGUUUCCCCAGUGGCCUCAUGAUGCGACUUCCCCCGACCAUCCGCACCAAGAGAGAAGUCUGGGUGUGCAAGGCGCCCGCGCCCUUGUUGCACCGAGCGGGUGGCAGAGUCACCAGGAUACGAACCAUUCGGAGGCCAAGAAUAAUAAAGCGGACGCCCUGACGUGUUCAGCACA